AUGUACGACGAUGUCAAAGACCGUAUUCUGUUCCACCCCAUGCUUUCGAGAGGUACUCUGGAAGAGACGCUGAGGCUGGCCGAGCACGAGCAGAGGAUCAAUCGGAGGUCUGGAGAGGGGAUCGAGGACACGAGACAUGCGCCCGUCGCUGCCGGUGUGGGCCGGGGCGGCGGCAUGAGGAUAGCAGCUGCUGCGGGAGCGGAUGGCGGGCCAUCUCAUGAGCAGAGAAGUGCCUUCUUCUGUCAGGUUCACGGAGCGAACUCCUCCCACAACACCCCGGACUGCCAUAAACUUCGCCAGGACUUCUUGUUCCACUACAACGACUUCAUGGCGUUCAUUUGCGAGAGGGACAAUAUGCGGGGACCAGCCGGCGACUCAGCAGCAGCAGCAGUACACCGGCGCUACUCCAAUGACCUCUGCCUCCUCGACGGCGACCCCCUCUCCACCUCCGGGCGACAUUCCCCCAGCAAGUGGCGCCUUCGCCUCUUCCUCACACGUAGUGUGAAUUCUCUAGCCGAGUCUGAUUCUGUGUCUGGAAAUGAGAUUGGAGUUGAUAGUGAUGGGGAGGUGCCUGGUGUUCCCGUUGCUGGUAUGUCUGUGUUUGAUGUUCCUGUUGUUCCCGUAGUGAAUCCUGCUGUAACCUCUCAAGCUCCGGUAUGCCACACUAGGAUGUCAACACCCAAAGGUGGUGAGCAGUUGCAGGGAGACUCGGGGACGAGUGCGGGGAUGUUUGAUGCGAGGGAAGGAGUUGCGUCUGAGGAUGAUGUGGCUGUGUUGGGUCGUGCCGAACAAAUGGAUGUUGACGUUUUCCACCACCGCGCUGGCCGCUUUUCCGAACCCAUUUUGAGUUUGACUGCCAAGCAACAAGGGAACACCCUCCCCAGGGAGUUGGGACCCGGGACCACUGCCGCUUGGCCGCCCGCUGCCACCGCUGCGCCUUGGCCUGCCGUCGCCGCCGCCGCGGGGGGUAUUAUCACCGCUUCGCCGACCGCUGCUGCCGCUGCACCGUGGCGACCCGCCACCGCCGGCGCCACUUCAUCGUCGCCGUCGCACACCGCUGGUGGCGCACCAUGGACUGCAGCCGCCGCCGCCGCACUGCCGGACCCGCGGAUGACCGCGACGAGGACCACCGCCGCUCCGCUGCCCACCGCCGUUAUCACGGCCGCGCCGAUGCCGUCGCCACCGACCUCCGAGGCCGAUGAACCCCUUGCGCCUUCGCCAGGUGCCGCCAAGCUGCCAGGCCCGAGGACGCCCGCGGCGAGGAGUGCCGCCGCCGCCAAUUCGUCGUCGCAGCAGCAUUUCGCCGAAGAAGGGGCCGGUGAGUUGAGGGGCGACGAGCUGGGGGAUGGCGAGAUGAAGGGCGAUGGAGAACAGCAUGUUCGGGAGGGGUGCAUGUGGGAGACCAAGAGCAACCUGCUGGGGGUCGCCCCUCGGCAUUCCGUUUGGGCUCGUAGCGCGCCUCGCAUCGCGCGACGACAUCGAGUCUGA